AUGGGGUGUCAUCAUCGUCAGCAGCAGCAGCAGCAGCACACAGCCCAGCAGUCCCUCCAGCUAUUCAGUCCCCCGCUCUGCCUCCUCCCCGCCGCAGCAGCAACAACCUCAGCAGCAGCAGCAGCAACAGCAGCAGCAGCAGCGGCAGCAGCAGCAGCAGCAACGGCAGCGGCGCGCCGUCUAUCAGGGCCGUCCGCGCUGCUCCGGCGAGCAAGUCACCCCCCUUCAAGCUGGGGCAGUCGAAGCCAGCAGCAGCAGCAGCAGCAACAGCAGCAGCAGCAACAGCAGCAACAGGGGGAGCUGCGCUGCAGCACCGCUGCAGCAGCAGACUGCACGCCCCCCUUCAAGCUGGGGCAGUCAAAGCCAGCAGCAGCAGCAGCAGCAGCAGCAGCAACAGCAGCAACAGGGGGAGCUGCGCUGCAGCACCGCUGCAGCAGCAGACUGCACGGGGUAUCUUCCCUUCCAGUUAGCAACAGCAGCAGCAACAGCAGCAGCAACAGCAGCAGCAACAGCAGCAGCAGCAGCAACAGCAAAGGUGAAGCCCAUGGAGCGCAGCAGCAGCAAAAGCAGCAAUCCAUAGGCCUCGACGGCUCCUCUGCCGCUCCAGCAGCAACAGAAGCUGCAGCAGCAGCAGCAGCAGCAGCAGCAGCAGCAGCAGCAGACAGUGGUUCAGGGGACGCGAUGGGGUAUAUGCAGCAGCAGCAACAGCAAAGGUGA